AUGUAUAGGGCUGCGGCGCCGAGGGACGCGAACGACCAGCCAUAUGUCGCCUUCCUCGACGCGUACCCGCACCCGGCCUUCGUCCUCCCCGCGUCCCCCGCGCUCAGCAAGGGCGCGCCCUCCCUCCACCCCGUCUACGCGAAUUCCGCCCUUCGCCGCUUCGUUCUGGGAACAGAGUACGCCGCGGACGACGCGCCUGGGCACGCGCUCCUCACCAGCUUCGUCGCCUCGCAGGACGUGCACGCAUUCGGACUCUGGCUCAUCGGCACCGAUCCCAGCACCGAUCUCGAGCUCAGACCCAAGUGGUUCCCGACGCAUGCGCCGAACGCAAAACUGACGAUCACGAAGACGACCCUGGGCACGUACACCGUGUGCACGACCGUCCUGAGGACCACACUGCCCCCGGCUGUGGACGUCUUGACGCCGGGGUGGCGCCGAUCGCCAGGACUUAUGCCAAAUUUCCCAGAGCGCAAUCGCUCCCCGCGCGUCGACUGUCAGCUGUUCUCCCCGGGCCGGGACACCAGCAUCGCUACGCUCUUGCGGACGUUCGACUGGUCGUCGACGCCCUUGGGCCCUCGCGAGGGAUGGCCUCAGUCGCUCAUUAGCGCAGUCGGGCUCUGCAUGUCGGCCGCAUACCCGUCGGCAGUGUGGUGGGGACCUGAGAAGGUGAUCAUUUAUAAUGAAGCUUACAUCGAGACGGCUGGCCCGAAGCAUCCACAAAUGUUCGGACAGGCGGGGGCGGUAGCUUGGGCAGAACUUUGGGAGAAGAUCGGGCCCUUGAUGAUGGAUGUGCAUAACGGCAAGACGCUCUGGAAGGAGAAUGACUUGCUCUUCUUCGACCGACUUACACCAGCGAAGCUACCUGAGGAGAACUACUAUGACUGGAGCUACCGAGCGGUCAUUCAGGAGGACGGAAAGGUCGGCGGCCUACUCAAUGACGCGUUCGACGCGACGAAGAAAGUUAUCAGUGACCGGCGAACGAGCAUGCUGCGCGACAUGAUACGCAGCUCCAUCAUCGUGACCUCUAAAGCCCAGUUCGCCUCUGUCAUCCUUCAGAUCCUGUCCAAGCCCGAAUACGCCUACGACGCUCCUUUCGCAGGUCUCUACUUAUGCUCUGUCACCAAGAUGGAAUCCUCGGACCAGGUUGCGCCUUCGAGUGCCACCUAUACCGCCUCUUCGUCGACAGUCGAGCAGGUCCCGAAGCCGGUCUCGUGCACGAUGGAGCUUGCGGGUACCGUCGGCGUUGCCCCAGAUCACCCUGCUUUCCCUGAGACCAUGGAGAUCUCGCUCGACAGUCACACGAGUCCGCAAAUGGGCUCCAACUUCACCUCGCAACACACCUCACAGCCGCCCUCGCCUAUGUAUGACUUUGCGACGACGGCGAACAUAAUGAACGCGACGAUGAACACCUUCGACCCGUUACCACCACUGCAGUCACCAUCUUCGACCGUGGGUUCGGCUGACACAGGGCGCUCGGGGCGACGGCGGAGGGUGGACACGCCGUGGCCGUUUGAGGACGCGGCACGGUUGCGAAUACCGAUCUUGGUCCCGACGUUGGAGGAAUCGCUCGUGGAGGGCAUUGAGCGUCGCGCGUGGGGUGACCGGCCGAGGCAGGCGAUAGUGCUACCGGUGGGGAUCGACGCGGACGAUACGCCGAGAGCGAUGCUGGUCUUGGGCUUGAAUACGAGGCGGCCGUACGAUGAGAGCUAUCAGGAGAGUGUGGAGUUCAUGAGGGUGACGUUGGGGUCUGCGCUCCAUGCGGUGCUGGCGAGGGAGGAGGACAGUAUAAGGGCGCAACGCCUCGCCGACCUCGAUUCCGCUAAGACCGCGUUCUUCAGCAAUGUCUCGCACGAGCUGCGUACGCCGCUCACCCUCAUUGGCGGCCCCGUCGAGGACGCGGUGGCGACGCUCCCCGACGGUGCGCUGCGCACCUCCCUUCGCAUGGCAAUGCGGAACGUGCAGCGACUCAGCCGGCUCGUCGACUCGCUCAUGGACUUCUCCAAGUUGGCGGCGAAGCGGCUGGAGGGGGCGUUUAGGCCGGUGAAGCUGGGGCCGUUUGUGGCGGAUCUGGCGAGCAUGUUCAGGGAUCCGGUGGAGAGGAGCGGGAUGGGGUAUGAGGUAGUGUGCGAUCUGGACCCGGAGCAGCCGCUGUGCUAUAUCGACACCCAGUUCUGGGAGAAGAUCGUGUUCAACCUGAUAGGGAAUGCGUUCAAGUACACCAUGUCUGGGACUAUCACUAUCAUGGUGUCCUUCGAUGAUCACGAAGCGACAUUCUCUGUACAGGAUACGGGAAUCGGGAUACCUGCGGCUGACCUUGACAAGAUAUUUAAUCGUUUUCACCGCGUGGCAUGCGUUAGCAGGAGCUACGAGGGGACUGGUAUCGGGCUUUCCUUGACGAAGGAGCUGGUACAUCUGCAUGGCGGCGAGCUGACUGUGACGUCGAACGAUAAUCCGGAUGGCAAUCACGGCAGCACCUUCACGGUCACUUUACCGUUAGGGAAGGAUCAUCUCGCGCCUGGUACCGUCCACCUUGAGGACGAGUUUGGGUCCAGCCGCAGGCGGUACGGCCAAGGCAUCGUCAACGACGCGAUGAUGUGGUCGUCGAACGCAUUCGGGAACGGGGACAUGACACCCGCGUCCGAAUCAGGCUCGAUUGCGUCGGAUGCAUCGGGGACGGGGAGCAGUGGCUCGCGACUCGAUCCGACGACGAUGUUCUUUAAGAAGACAGAUAUCGUGCUUAUUGCGGACGAUAAUUCGGAGAUGAGGCACUAUAUGAAGACGAUUUUGGCUCCGUAUGUCACUGUUGUGGAAGCCUGCAAUGGUCAGGAGGCGCUCGACUUGGCAAUCAAGACGAAGCCGAAUGUUGUCUUAAGCGAUGUUAUGAUGCCCAUCAUGGACGGCAUGGCUCUCGUCGGCGACAUGCAGAAUAUACCCGAACUGCGAUAUAUCCCGGUCAUCCUGGUCACUGCCAAGUCGGGAGAUGACUCCAGGGUGGAAGGCUUGCUAUCCGGCGCGGACGACUACCUAGCAAAGCCUUUCCGAAGUGCAGAGUUGGUUGCGCGUGUACAUCUGCAGCUGCAGCUUGGAAAGCGGCGCGUCUUUUUGGAGACCCAGUUCAUGGAUCGGACGAAGGAGCUACAGCAACUGUUGGAACAAUCUCCGGUAGCGAUCUUCCGCACGGAUGUGGAUGGCAAGAUCGUAUACGUAAACCCGCGAUGGUUCGAGAUGCUGAGUCAACCGCGAGGCGACGUGGACAACUGGGAAGCUGCCAUUCACGAAGAAGACCUCGAUAACUUUCGAAUAUUUUGGUAUAGAGAGCAGGAUGCGCCGUCCUCUGAGCGUAUCAUUGAGUUCCGUUGUACAAACGGCAGGUGGUAUCAGGGCCAGCUGGCGCCAACGGACGAUGGCGGCGCUCUGGGUACGCUCACAGACAUCAGCAAUCAGCGAGCAUACGAAGCGGCGAAGCUCGAGCAUGCGCGAGAACGGGAGGCUGAGGCUAGAAAGAAGGCAGAGGAUGCAGAGGAAAGGAGGCAAGAGGCAGACCAACGAAGACGAGCACAAGAGCUUCUCAUCGAUGUUACGUCGCACGAGUUACGACAACCUGUCUCUGCUAUCUUGAACUGCAGUGGCCUGGUCCGGACAGACCUCGUCGCCCUCCUGGAUGACAUGCAGGGGACGAAGGAAGGCGCAACCCUUACACUAUCACCUGAACGGAUGCAGUCUAUGCACGAGAACAUCGACGCCUUGGACGCCAUCUACCAAUGCGGCCUUGCGCAAGAACGAAUAGCCAACGACGUUCUAUCGCUCUCGCGUAUGCAGUUGGACUCGCUCAGCAUCCAACCCUCGGACUUUGAGCUCGUCGGCGAGACGGAGCGGAUCGUGUCGAUCUUCCGAAAUGAGGCGAAGAUGAAGCAGAUCAACCUCUCCGUGCACUUCGGGAAGUCUUUGGCCAACCUCGGUGUCUGCGCCGUACAGUCGGACAAGGCUCGGUAUGCUCAGGUUAUCACUAACCUCGUGAGCAAUGCAAUCAAGUUCACUGACACUUCGACGGACAAGCGGGACAUCAAAGUCGAAGUCGAAGUCAGCCUCCACCCUCCAGACGGCGAGGAGAGUGCGAUAUAUCCCAAGGCGGAGACUCCGAACGGCCUGCUGAGUGCGGCGAAGCUGGAGCCGGGAACACCGAUAUACAUCUACGUCUCCGUUACGGAUUCGGGGCCAGGCCUGCAGCCGGAGGACCUGACCAUCCUAUUCAGACGCUUCCAGCAAGGCUCCCUCGCUGCAAAGUCGGACGUCUUCGGCGGCUCGGGCCUCGGCCUCUUCGUCUCGCGGAAACUCUGCAACUUGAUGGGUGGCCGGAUACAAGUCACCAGCGAGCUCGGGAAUGGGGCCGUGUUCAGCUUCUUCAUCGAGUCGGUCGUGGCAUCGGCACCCUCGACGCCUUCGACGAUCAGCGAUCGGGCUUUGCCCUCGACGCCGCCGCUCGUAUCUUUGAGUGAUAAUCAGCUUGCGCCGGAGACGGAGAAGCCGACCUUACGGGUGCUCAUUACGGAAGACAACCUCAUCAACCAGAGAAUUCUCAACCGCCAACUCGUCAAGGCAGGCUGCGAGACGGUUCUUGCCAAUAACGGCCUGCAAGCGCUGGAUCGCUUGACGUCCGCCGAGAAGCCUUUCGACGCCGUCUUGAUGGACAUCGAGAUGCCAGUCAUGGACGGCAUCGAAGCCGUCCGGCGCAUCCGCCAGAUGGAGGCGUCCGGCGAGCUGCGCGCACGCAAUCGUGUCUACGCGCUCACGGCCAACGCGCGGGAGGGCCAGGUCAAGCUCAUAAAGGAGGCGGGUAUGGAUACGGUCUUGAUAAAGCCCUACCGUAUUGAGGAGGUGCUCCAGGUCAUACGCGGCCAUCAUCGAUUAUGA